GGAAUCCAUAAAAAUUAUUCAAUAGGCUUUGGAAGGAAUUCCCGGCGGACCAUAUGAAAAUUUAGAAAUUCGCUGCUUUGAUAGAGAAAAAGAGCCAAAAUGGAAUGAGUUUGAGUAUCGAUUUAUUAGUAAAAAACCGUCUUCGGCUUUGAAUUGCCAAAACAAGAACUUUAUGUAAGAAUUGAAGCCCCCAAGGGAGAAUUAGGAAUUUUUCUAACAGGGGAUCAAAAUGGUUUUCCUUGGAGAUGGAAAAUUCAUCCGCUAGGUUUUAUCAAUUUGCAAAUUCUUCCUCAAUUAGUUAAAAAAAUGAAAUUGGCCGAUAUUAUGACAAUACUAGGUAGCAUAGAUAUUAUUAUGGGAGAAGUUGAUCGUUGAAAUGAUAAUUUAUUUAACAGAGAUACAAGAUAUCCAUUUUUUUUGAUUGGAAUCUUUUAAAGAGAUAUAUGGAAUUAUAUGGGUAUUUGCCCUUAUUUUGAUUCUUAUAUUGGGAAUUACGAUAAGUGUACUAGCAAUUGUAUGGUUAGAAAGGGAAAUAUCCGCAGGGAUACAACAACGUAUUGGACCUGAAUACACAGGUCCUUUUGGAGUUCUUCAAGCUCUCCUAGACGAAACAAAAUUACUUUUCAAAGAGAAUCUUAUUCCAUCUAGAGGAGAUAUUCGUUUAUUCAGUAUAGGACUAUCUAUAUCAGUCAUAUCGAUUAUAAUAAGCUAUUAAGUAAUUCCUUUUGGCUAUAACUUUGUUUUAUCUGAUCUGAAUAUUGGUGUUUUUUUAUGGAUUGCUAUUUCGAGUAUUGCUCCCAUUGGACUUCUUAUGUUAGGAUAUGGGUCAAAUAAUAAAUAUUCUUUUUUGGGUGGUCUACGAGAAGCUGCUCAAUCGAUUAGUUAUGAAAUACCAUUAACUCUAUGUGUGUUAUCAAUAUCUCUACUAUCUAACAGUUUAAGUACAGUUGAUAUAGUUGACGCACAAUAAAAAUAUGGCUUUUGGGGAUGGAAUUUGUGGCGUCAACCUAUGGGUUUCAUUGUUUUUCUAAUCU